GGGCCACAGACAGGGACCACCAGGACCAAAACCCCUUCCCAUCAUUGGCAACCUGCUGCAGCUGGAUGUUAAGAGACUUGACCAAGCAUUCCUAAAGCUUUCUAAGACGUAUGGAUCUGUGUUCACUGUCCACAUGGGACCAAAGAAGAUAGUGGUCCUGACAGGGUAUAAGACGGUGAAAGAAGCAUUUGUCAGCUAUGCUGAGGAGUUUGGAGAACGGGAAGCAUCCACACUGGCUAAAGAAGGAAAUAUGCUUCACGGUAUUGYRUKKKCCAAUGGMGACUCCUGGAAAGAAAUGCGCCGCUUUGCUUUGACCAACCUGAAGGACUUUGGGAUGGGAAAGAAAGUAUGUGAGGAGAAAAUCAUUGAGGAAUGUCACUUCCUCAUCCAGAAGUUWRAGGAGUUUAAAGGUGAAGCUUUUGAUUUGUCCCAACAUAUGAACUAUGCAGUUAGUAAUAUAAUCUGCUCCAUGGUCUACGGCAAAAGAUUUGAAUAUGAUGAUCCAGAAUUCACUACCAUUGUAAAUCGAACAAACCAAGCCAUUCAACUGUCGGGCUCGCCAUCAAUACAGCUGUACAACAUGUUCCCAAAGAUUGGCAAACUGGUGUUUUCAGCCAGAAAGAAAAUGAGCGAUAUACUUGCUGCCAAUAAACAACAUCAUCUGAUGCUGCUGAACCGUUUGAAAGAGACCCUCAGUCCACAGAUGUGCAGAGGAGUUGCAGAYGCUUUCCUCAUCCGUCAACAGCAACACAAGGAAUCUGGGAUCACUGACAGUCUCUACCACAACGACAACCUGCUGGUUACAGUCAUGAACCUGUUUGCUGCUGGAACUGAAACAACAUCAACUACCCUGAGAUGGGCAUUCCUGUACAUGGCCAAAUAUCCAAAAAUACAAGACCAGGUCCAGCAGGAGCUGAGGAAUGUGAUUGGAAGUCGCCAAGUCCAGGUUGAAGACAGACAGAACCUUCCUUUUACAGAUGCCGUCAUCCAUGAGACACAGAGASUGGCCAACAUUGCUCCUUUGGCAGUUCCUCACAGGACUAGCAAAGACGUCAUGUUCCAAGGUCAUUUUAUUGAGAAGGAAACUCCAGUAUUUGCUGUUUUAACAUCCGUCCUGCAAGAUGAGAGCCAGUGGGAGAAACCGAACGUCUUUUAUCCAGGCAACUUCCUCAGCAAAGAUGGGAAGUUCCUCAAGCGAGACGCCUUCAUGCCUUUUUCAGCAGGUCGCAGGGUUUGUCUUGGAGAGAGUCUGGCCAGAAUGGAGCUUUUCAUCUUCUUCACCACGCUCCUGCAGCACUUCAGAUUUUCUCCUGCACCUGGAGUUACAGAGGAAGAACUUGAUAUAACUCCACGAGUUGGUGGAACUCUGAGCCCUCAACCUCACACGCUGUGUGUUACCCCUUUAAAUUAAGGUGGGGCCUAUAUGUGGAAAAACCUUCUUUGAUCCCAGCAAUAGGAAGAGAAGGAGUUUCAUGAAGGAAGGUCUAUAAUGGAAACCUUAAAAAUCCAGGGCUAAGGCAAUCAUGACCUCUUUGCAGAACAAAGAGGAUCUCUCUUUCACCUGUCAUUCCUCUGGGAGACAUCAGCGAUACAACCUGAAACCUCCUCCUGCUGGCAGAGAAAGGGUCUGCUCUUUGCCCUUUGGAUUGAAAAACAUCCAUGUGACUGCAUUGCAUCUGCUCAGCCAGAGAAAUAAACCUGAUUUUAUUCAGAA